AGACAGGCCGGCCGGCCGCCGCCAUCAUGAAGCUGUACAGCCUCAGCGUCCACUACAAGGGGGACGCCAGGGCCGUCCUGCUCAGAGCCGCCUACGACGUCACCUCCUUCAGCUUCUUCCAGAGGGCCAGUGUCCAGGAGUUCAUGACCUUUACGAGUCAACUGAUUGUGGAGCGCACAGGGAAGGGUAACAAGGCUUCUGUCAAAGAGCAAGAGUACUUCUGCCACGGGUACGUGCGCCAUGACGGGCUGGCAGGUGUGGCCAUUGCGGACAACGAAUACCCACCCCGGGUGGCUUUCACCCUGCUAGAGAAGGUUCUGGAUGAAUUCUCCAAGCAGGUGGACAGGAUAGACUGGCCGGUGGGAUCCCCUGCCACAAUCCAGUACACGGCCCUGGACGACCACCUUAGCAGAUACCAGAACCCACGCGAGGCCGACCCGAUGACCAAAGUGCAGGCCGAGUUGGACGAGACCAAGAUCAUUCUGCACAACACCAUGGAGUCUUUAUUGGAACGAGGGGAGAAGCUGGACGACUUGGUGUCCAAGUCGGAAGUGCUGGGAACGCAGUCGAAAGCCUUCUACAAAACCGCCCGGAAACAAAACUCAUGCUGUCAGCUCAUGUGACCGUGGCGGCAGGGACUCCUGCUCUGGACACUCCGGCUGCCUUUCCCAUCGAGUUGUCGAACCCCCAGGAUGCGGGAGAGCCAACCUGAACCGACACCCACUCCUCACAGGUCUGGGGACUUCCAUUACACUUCUCCCUGCCUCGGGCUGAGAGCUGGCUGAGAAAGAGGCUGAACUUUGUAUGUCUAAAUACCGUUUUUCUCCAAAAGGAUGAAUGUGGAACCGUGAGAAGGUCCCACUUUGAGGCCCAAGCGAAACUUGAAAUCCUCGGCGACCCCAGCGCUGCUGGCCGGCUCCCUUCUCUGAACCCCCGGGGAGGGAGCCAGGACAGACCUCGAGCCAAGCCCUCACCAGAGUCAGGACCAAAUCUGCCCUCGAUCCACUCCGCCUUUUUUUUUUUUUUUACAACUCAUUAGGAUGACACUAAGGGGAAGCUGCCUGGACAGGUGUGGACUGGGCAGCUGCAGGGUGCGGUUCUGGGCAGAAGCAACAGGACAGCUCACUCUUGGGAAGAGGCCCUCCCACGAAGCCAAUUGAAUCCUUUUCCGGCCCACCGUGGGCUGCGGGGGGAGAGGCCGGUUGUGGGGGUCGCUGGAACCGGCUGGCGGGAGGUGGCCACGCCAAUCCCCGGAGACGCGGCUGUAAAGGUCUCCAGAACGAAAGUCGGCAGACAGAGUCCACACCCGCCCCAGGUGAGCCAGGAGACCAGGAAGCCGACCGGUCCUUCCCCUUUUUGGCGCCUUUUCCCGGUGGCUUGGUGGCUCGGUCGCGUUUCCGUGAACGGGGCGGGGGCCUGUCAUCGCCGCCUCCCUGGCAGUCCGCCGCUUGUCACCAGGGAAGGGGCUGCUGAUAGGGCUGUCACUUGUGCCCUGUCCAGUGAGAGGGUCCCGUGCCCCGGGGCACUUGGCGGGGGGCUCCAGGUGUAGGUGUCUCCAGUCCCCAGCUGGGGCAGGGCCUUGUCCUGGGGAGAUUAGUGACCUCAUCUUCCCCUGUCGCAUCUUCCCUCACCUUACAUUUUAAAUUUUCUCAUCCUCGGGCUCUCCCACUGGGGUUUCUGGGCCCGCCUCCUGCCGCCCCUGCCAUAAUCACUCCCAGGCCAGACUUGGCGCUGUCUUUUCCUGCCCUAGGGGUUGAGGGCAGCCUGCCAGGAGCCCCCAAGAGACCACGCUCAGUCUGGCUUCACGGGACAUUGGCCCUCAGGCAAGCCGGGCCUGGUCAGCCAGGACUUCACUACUGCCUUUCUUUGUGCCAUCCCAACACUGUGCUCUCCGCCGGCGCCCAAGGAGACCUGGCUCGGCCAGGUUUGGGUCUGACUCGAACACCGCGAAGGCCUGGACUCCCCCGGGGCCAACCGCCCCGAGACCCCGCCUUCCUGGCUGAAGUAGGAAGGCACAUCAGGCUCCAGAGUGGCCUCUAAACGAGUUAUUUUCCUGCCCCACCCAAGUAUGAAUGGUGGGUAAGGACUGAGGGGAUGCUUUAGCCUCAGUCUCGUGGGUACCAUGGUCCCCCCGCCCCGAAGCUGCUUCCGGCAGCCCCCAAUCCCUGGAAAAUCAGCAAUGUCUCCGUCGCUCGGUCUCACGUUCCAGCCCUCCACCCCGGCCAGUCCAGGAACGAGAGGGGCUUUUGCCAUGCGGGGCCGGCCCAUCUCUUCCUCUUCAGCUUUCCUCCCGAGCGGAGGCACGGGGCGCCCAUCGAUCGAUCGAUCGAUCGUCAGUGCUGGCGGCCAACGGAGGAAACGUCAAAUCCUUCCGCCUCAGCGUGGCACGGCCGGGCUCCCGAAGGGAGAGGGCCACCUGGCUCAGAGGCUGCUUGUCCUACUCUUGUCUGUCGGCCUGCCUCUCCCCGACCCAGCAGCUUUCUGAUCUUAAUGCUUUUGCUCAACAUUGGCCAGGAGUGUGUUUUAACCUGGCCACUGCCUAACUCCCCCUCUGUGCGUUCAGUUUCUGAGAGCUUCUGGUCUGUUAAAAGUUGUCUUGGUAACCCCACAA